AUGGGAGAUUUUAAUUCUAUACUUCAUGCGGAGGAUAGGAUUGGAGGCAAUCAGGUCACUCACGCAGAAAUAGUUGAUUUUCAGGAUUGUUUGGAUGGUUGCGGGCUGGUGGAAAUGCCAUCAAAUGGGUGUAAGUACACCUGGACAGACAAACAGGAUGAUAGGAUAUUUUCCAAGAUUGAUUGGGUGUUUGUUAAUGGUGAUUGGAUAGAUGGGAUACCAGAUUGUCGAGUGAAAAUUUUGCCGGAAGGUGUGAGUGUUCAUUGUCCCAUCGUAAUACACAUGGUACAGCAACCUACGAAGAGGACGCAAGUCUUCAAAUAUUGCAAUGUUUGGGGCACGCAUCCUGAAUUUCAAAGGAUAGUAGCAGCCGGCUGGAAUAUUGAAGUUACGGGGUACAAAAUGUUUCAAGUAGCACGAAAACUGAAGAUGCUCAAGCGGCAACUCAAGAUGCUGCAUAAGGAACAUUUCAAUAAUAUUGUUAAGGAAGAACAUGAUAACAGGGCUGCUAUGCUUGAGUGUCAGGUAAGAUUGCAAGAGGAUCCUACUGAUGUGAUUGUGCAGCAAGAGGAGAAGUUUAGAAGGCUGAAAUAUAGGGAGUCUGUAAGGUUGGCAGAUAUGUUCCUACUCCAAAGGAGCAAGGCCACAUGGAUUAAGCUGGGGGAUGAUAAUACCAAAUAUUUUUUCUCAAUAAUCAAAUAG